CUGUUGAUGCAGUAAUUUGGAGAAGUAAGUGGUUCUGGUUCCUUCUGGUUGCUAAUGUAAAUCCCAUCUGCCCUCAGUUUCUUAACUGCUGUCAGUCGUCAGGAGGUCAGACGCAAACAUGAGCAGCAGCUCUCUGUCUGUCAGGAACGGUACAGUCUUAGAGGAUGAAUGGUCCGAAUGGGACGGUGGGACUGUGGUGGCCUGCUCUAUCCUGGCUGUGUGCUUCGUGGUGGGAGUUCCAGGGAACUUGCUGGUGGUCUGGACGAUCCUGCAGCACGUGAAACAGCGUUCACACACUGUGCUGCUCAUCCUGCACCUGUCUGUUGCUGACCUGAUGGUGCUGGUCACUCUGCCGCUGUGGAUUUACUCUUUGGCUUAUUCCUGGGUGUUUGGCCAGGUUACGUGCAAGGCAAUGGUGUACAUCAUCCAUGCCUGCAUGUACGCCAGUGUCUUCCUCAUCACCAUCAUGAGUGUGGAGCGAUUCCUGGCAGUCCGCUACCCUUUCAAGAUGCUGCAGUGGAAAACCAGCUACGUCAUGCACCGAGCUCUGGGUGGGGUCUGGGUCUUGGCGCUUGUUCUGGGGAUUCCAGCUUUCCUUGCGCAGGAUUUUGAAGAAACUGAAGAUGGCACGCAGCACUGCGACUCUACAGAGUACAGCUCUGUGCCUUUCGAGGUCUUUUGUGGCUGUUUGCAGACCUUGGUGGGCUUUGUCAUUCCUUUCUUUAUCCUGGCCGUCUGCUAUUGCCAGGUGGCAUCUCAGCUUCGGCAGAUACAGAGCCGGAAUAAGCAGAAGUCUGCAUUUCUCAUAGGCAGCGUGGUGGUGGCCUUCGCUCUCUGCUGGCUGCCCCACCAUGUUGUCAACGUCGCUAACAUAGCACACCUGCUUAUAGAUCCCUCUGAUGAACAGUAUCUGGUCCCGAAUGUGGUGCUGUUCAUUGUCGGAGCACUGGCCUUCAUCAGCAGCUCCGUCAACCCAAUGCUGUACGCUUUUGCCGCCAGAAACUUCCAGGGUGGUCUGAGGAGGUCAGCAAUGGCCAAGCUCUUCCAGGAAGUGACAUCACAUGUGGCGGCCCAAGUGAAAGAGAAGGAGCUCCAGACUCCAGACUGCUCUGAUAAUGGCAUGAACAAAGAGAACACUUCUUCUGAUGUUUGAGGUGUGCCGAAAAGUACUGAGAACUGUUAUAACAAGGGCACCAAUAUCUCAUAACAUUUCAUAGACUUGCCAAUCAAUGGAUUGGUGUGCUUCUCUUUUUUUUUUCUUUUUUUACCUGAUCAUCACUUUGAAAGACCUUGAUAAUAUCCUCUUAAUGCCUGGCCAAUGAUACAGGAUAAUCGGGCCUUUCAGGUCUUCUGAUUUCAGGUUGAUUCCAAAUGAUCAUCUUCCCAGAUCAUCCUGUAGUGUGUGUUGUCUACACUGAUUGAGUGUUACACUAUGACCCAAUUUUUUCAGCUCCACUGCUUAUAUAGGAGCACUUUGUAGUUUUACAGUAUAAUAACAGACUAUAGAUCUGCAUCUGUCUAUCUGCAUGCCUUUUUUUUUUUUUUCAGCACGGCUCAUUUACACCUUUGUGCUGGUGAAAAUAGAUUAGACACAGCAGUGCUGCUGGUGUUUUUAAACACAGUGUUUGUUACAAUGAGUUUGUAUAUAAUUCAAAAUUAGGAAAAAUAAGUUGAGACUGUCUGACUGAAUAUUAAUUUUGCAGUGAUCUUUAGUAUGAAUGAAGCUCUGUGAGGCGCUUUUUGUGGGUGUGAUUUUAAUUUCUGUGGAGGAGGAGAGUGGGCGGGGAAGAACGUCAGGAUUUUGGCUCCUACUCCUCAACAUUUAUGGCAUGCAAACGUAUCGCCUCUGGUUGGGUAACAGCACCUUGAUGCGGUGCCUUGAUGCGGUUGUAGUUUUAACAUAAAAAAAAUAUUAUUGUUCAAUGCUGGCUUUUGCCCCAUUCGCUUUCUGUUACACACUGGUUACAUUCCUUUUUAGAUAUUCUUUAAUUAGAAUUAUCGUCAGCUAUAGAGUCAGUAGAGCAAAUCCACAUAUAAUGAGGAUUAUGGCUAAAUGGAAUUAAAGAUGUAAAGAUCCUUCUAUUAUCAUGAUCACUUUUUAGCAAUAGACAUUGUCUGUUUUAUGUAUAUAUUGUGUAUAUGUGUGGUGGUUGGGUGGGGUGGGAUGGGUGUAGAUGGGAUUUAAA